GAUUGCACUUCAAUGAGAACCAGCAGAUCUAGUACUACUCGAGCUAAUAAGGAGCUUCAGGAGAUGCCGUCGGUGAAGAAGAAGCUUCGAUCGGAACGUCCUCGCCGCCGACGAACUCGUAUAUCUCCUGUUGUAGUAUGGAAUCGGAAUAUUGGUUUUGAAGAUAAGAAUUCUGGUUUUGCUUCGUUUUCAGUGGAUUCGAGUUCGUGCUCCUACUUCGGUGGUGAUGUUUCGUGCCAAUCGAGUCGAGUUUCGGUUGGAUCGGAGAGUAAGGGGAAGUCGAUUCUUCGGAAGCGAGAGUUCUGUGAGCCUGCGGUGAAAUCGUGCUGUGACGUUGAAGCUUCGGAGGUCUCUGAAUUUUCUUGCGUGGAGUCGAAUCAGAAUUGUGGUGCUGGCAAUGAAGUUUCGGAAGAUGGAAGGUUGAUGAAGUUGAAGAUUAAGAGAGCGAAAGGGAAUGAAAUUGUGGAGGAAUUAGAAGGAAGUAGAGAAAGAGAGGAAGAUUCUAAGGCCGUGAUUUCAGCUUCUUGCAUUAUACAACUUUCUGGCAAUGGAAAUCUCAACAUUUCGAAGGAAAAUGAAGUUGUUUCGUGUAUUUCAGCUUCGGAAUCGUGUUUCGAAGCGAAUAGAGGGGAGAAGACGAAGCAAGAUAUCAGCACCGCACAGAAAUUGGAGUUCGGCGGCGUUUCGGGAAAUUGUUUGGAUAACAAUUUUACAGUUUCGAACUCCGAAUCGACCAUAGACCAGAGGCCGGAGAUCAGCUUCGGCAUUACCUCAGACCUUGCUUGUGCUGAGCAAUACUCCGAUACAGAAGUUUCGUCAACUCACGAAACUGCAUGCUCUGAGCUUCAAUCGGAGAUUUUCCUCGACACUUCCGACCUCGAUUUCUCUGAUUACACACCAUCGAUGUUAGAUUCUGGAAGCGAAUUCUCUGAGAAAUCAGAAGGCGAUUCAGCUUCUUCAAUUACUUUCGCGUUGCUCAUUCAGUACAGAAAUGUAUUUUUCAGAUCAACAUCUGCGCAAGAUGUCGAACUCGAUUCGAACUAUCAGGAAGAGUACAUAGACCAGUCCAGAUACGCGAGAUUCGAAGACGAAGCCGAAGAGGAGAGCUACCAGAUGUUGAGAAACAGAGAAAGGAGGCGCGUGGUUUUACGUGACUACAUAGAGGAAUAUUCCUCCACGACGGAUUACGGCAAUCUUAUCCUCCAUCAGCGGCGUAAAAUGAUCCGCUGGAUAAUCGGGCGCUGCCAGGAAACAGAUCUUCAGCAAGAGACAACGUUCCUAGGAGUUUGCUUACUUGAUCGAUUUCUAAGCAAAGGGUUCUUCAAAAACAAAAAGAUCCUUCAAAUAGUUGGUAUAGCUUGUCUUGCACUGGCCACUAGAAUGGAAGAAAACCAGCCCUAUAACAGCGUUCGGCAAAAAAAUAUUUCAUUUGGAAACGAUACCUACAGCAGAUGCGAAGUUGUUGCCAUGGAAUGGCUAGUACAGGAGGUUCUCGACUUCCAGUGUUUCCUGCCCACCAUCUACAAUUUCCUAUGGUUCUACUUAAAAGCCGCCGCAGCUGACGAAGAGGUGGAGAAGAGGGCCAAGUACUUGGCAGCACUGCUGCUCCCGGACCGUGUGCAGAUGUACUUUAUGCCCUCAACAGUUGCAGCUGCAGUGGUAAUCCUGGCCUGUUUAGAAAGCAGUUCCGAUUUAUCCAUUCAACGCGUCAUAGAGACUCAUAUCAGAACAGAAUGCAACGAUUUAUAUGAAUGCAUACAGAGCCUCGAGUGGUUGUUAAAGUAUAUAUGAUAGCUUGUAUUAGCUACCAGGAAAAGGAUCAUAAACAUCAAUUCCCAUUCUGCUCGCUGACUCAUUCAUCAUAAUACAAGGUUGAAAGGUGACCAAGUUGACCUUUCUACAAGAAUUGAUCAUUAUCUCAUAGGUAACAAAAAAAUUCGAUUCUUUUUCUCACUGUAAGUAAGUAUAGAAUGAAUACUUCUCAUAAACUUUGGAAAACAUUCAUAUUCAUAUUCACAGUCCUUAUUUUUAACCAAUACCCUAAAUUUGGUUGAUUCAACCAUUGUUUUUAAGUUUGCUACUAUGUAGCAAUGAGAAGCUUAUGUAAAAAAAAGCAAUU